UGUUGCCGCUGCAUAGUCGGUCGGCAGUCUGGUUUAAAGUAACCCAUCCGUGGUGAGAAUCUGUUGUGGCGUAUCUCGUGGUUUAGUCUCCCAUGCAUCGGCACAUACACAGAAGCCCUAACUUUUCUCAAAGUGCAUUUGCCUUUCCAUUAGAAGGAUGACCGGAGUGGAGUGGAGGAGAGGGAGCGAGUGAAGGAGAACGAGAGAAGGAGAACAGACAGGCAGACAGACAGACAGAAAGACAGACAGACAAGGAUACAGACAGACAGAAAGACAGGAAGACAGACAGACAGACAGGGAUACAGACAGAAAGACAGACAGACUAACAGACUGACAGGAAGACAGGGAUACAGACAUAAUGUCUGCCCUAGCUAAAAAGACUGUCUGUGUGCUGCUACCCAACAAAGAACAACUAGACAUCACAGUGGGGGUUAAAGCUACAGGGCAGGAUGUCUUCAACCGCGUAUUGGAGCUUCUGGGAAUUAAAGAACUUCACUUUUUUGGUCUCACAGUGGUGAGGGACAAUGAGCACAUCUUCCUGGAUCUGGAAGAGAAACUCAUCAAGUACUUCCCCAAGGAGUGGAAGCAGGACCCAGCCAAGGGGCUGAAGAGGUCGCUGCCACUGCUCCUGUGUCUCAAGGUGCAGUACUACGUGGAGAACGGCAGGCUGAUCUGCGAGCGCAAGGCGAGGCGUCUGUACUACUCCGACCUGCGUGAGCGCGUGCUGCGGUCUGAAUGUCGGCGGCAGGAGGAGGUGUACUUCCAGCUGGCAGGCUACGCCCUGCAGGCGGACCUGCCUGACCACGUCCAGGACCGCGGGGAACAGGGGGACGCAGCCUACUUCCAGCCCAAGGAGUACUUCCCUCCCUGGAUUGUGGCGAAGCGAGGCGUGGACUACCUCCUCCGCCACGGCCCCAAGGUGCAUGGCGAGCUGCGGGGCAUGUCUGCCCGCGACGCCACGCUGCACUUCAUCAAGGAGUCCUGCAGACUGGAGGAUGUGCCCGUCAUCUUCUACCGCCUGCAGAAGGACAAGAGGGAGGAGAGAGGCACAGCCUUACUGGGGCUGACCCUCAAAGGAAUGCAGGUUUAUCAGGAGGUCAACAACAUCAGGGAGCUGCUGUUUGAUUUCCCUGGUCCAACGUGGGACGACUUACCUUCCUGGUGA